GUACAGUGGCUUUGGCUGUUAUCCUAAUCCCUGCCUCAGGCCCGCAGCCACUGUUUACAGCCGAGUUCUGAAAGUGCACGAGUUAGUCAGUCAGCUCCUCGGUCAUCAGACAAAAAGCCUCUCUAUUGGUGGCCGCCAUCAGUCGGUGCACCUAAUCCGGCGCACGCACGUUAUAUAAAAUGGACAUCCAGUCUCCCGUCACGGGGACGCAGCUCCUCCACAGCUCGGCGGUCUGCUCGCGGGGCCCCUGAACGUCUCCCGGACGCAGAAGGACGCGGGACCCCGGACCCGCGGCAUCAUGAUCGUCCUCGUGGACCUGCUGCUGAUGCUCAUCGACCUGACCUGCUCCAUCCUGAGCGCCGUGGUGCAGACCUUCCUGCGGCCGCGGCUCAAGAGCGUGGACGGGGAGCUGUGUCUGAUCACCGGGGCCGGGGGCGCGCUGGGCCGCCUCUUCGCCCUGGAGUUCGCCAAAGAGGGCGCGCACCUGGUGCUGUGGGACUGCAACGCGGCCGCCAACGAGCGGACCGCCGAGCUGGCGCGAGAGCUGGGCGUCCAGGUGCGCGCGUACACGGUGGACCUGUCCAAGCGCCAGAGCAUCUACGAGGCGGCGGAGCGCGUGAGGGCGGAGGUGGGGUGCGUGUCCAUACUGGUGAACAACGCGGGCGUGGUGGCCGGGCGGAGGCUGCUGGACUGUCCCGACGAGCUUUUGGAGCGGACCCUGCUGGUCAACUGUCACGCACUCUUUUGGAUGACAAAAGCCUUCCUGCCCCAGAUGAAAGCCCAGAACCAUGGUCACAUCGUAACUGUUGCCAGCGCUCUUGGACUGUUCAGCACAGCCUGUGUGGAGGAUUACUGCGCCAGUAAGUUUGGAGCCGUCGGCUUCCACGAGUCUCUGACCCACGAGCUGCUGGCAGAAGACCUGGACGGCAUCAAAACCACGUUGGUGUGUCCGUACAUCGUGGACACGGGGAUGUUUGCAGGCUGUGAAAUCAGGAAGGAGCUGCGGAGCCUCAUCCCGCCUCUGGAGCCGCUCUACACCGUGCAGCAGUCCAUGAAAGCCAUCCUGGCAGAGCAGCAGAUGAUCUGCAUCCCUCGCCUUAUGUACAUUCCCUUCCUCACAAGAGCGUUGUUACCUUGGGAGGCAAACGUUGCAACUUACCGCUUCAUGGGAGGAGACAAGUGCAUGCUGCCUUUCAUCAAGAACAUCGAACUGAAGACCUCCAAUGGUCACAUCAAAUCCUUCUGAAGCACUGUGGACACUGUCUGGUUAAAUGAUGGAU